AUGGAGCACCCCGACAUUGCCAACCAUGACUCGGAUGGCUCGGGCUCAUCGGACGAGUAUCCUCCCCAGUAUCCCCUCAUGACCAACACAUCCUUCGGGGAACCCUUCGACCCUCAAGUUCAGACACCGGCCACGACCAUCAACUCCUCCUCCCCUCCCUCCCAUCCAUCGAGCCUGUCCUCAUGGUCCAGUACGCCCACAGUCCGUCCACGUGGAGCUAGCCUUGGAGCUUCAUCCGUGCUCGAGGCCUCCGACCCUCUUGCGAUGGCCGGCGAUCUGCGGCUACAACGCCCGUCUGCUCCUGCAAGAACCCCCUCCAAUACAUACGCCCCUCAACGGCGCCCACCACAGUACAUCAGCCUCCAGAGCGAUCGUCAGCGCUCUUCCUCCUCCAAGAGAGGGCCCCGACGCGAUCCCAACGCGCAAUAUCGCGCUCAAGAAAAAGCCUAUGUGCAACGGAUCCGCGCCAAUCCACAGGCCUGGUAUCACCAUACUAACGACGCACAAUCUCCUAACAUUAUGGUCGCCGACGCCGACUUGGAGGAUCCUUCCCCAUCCUCCGAGGCUCCCUAUGAAGAUGACCCUUACGACCCCGACACCCAGCUUUUCCUCCCCGAUGAUAACCUCCCCAGCAUAGAGGAACUCAAGAACCCGAAGAAUCAAGAACGACUCGAAUGGCAUUCCAUGUUGGCGUCAGUGUUGAAGGGCGACGUUGUAAGGCAAGAGAAACAACGACUCAUUGGCUCCACAGAGUCCCAGAGAUCGGCGGCUCUUAGCCAUGCCCUAUGGCUUGGGGUCCGAUCGCGGACAUGCGGCCGAAGCAUUCCUCUCCAAAGAAAACUGAUCGAGGAUGCUCGCUCUCGCCUUGCACCGCUGAUUGAAGAUAUCAUUAACUUCCAAAUCAAAGGCGAAGCUGAGAUCGGUAAACCACCCCGACAGCAAGUUGAGGAUGUUGUGGAAAAGAUCGAGAAGGUUGAGAUACUUUACUCGACAUCCAAAGAAAUGGAAACCGCAAACCCUCGUGCUGCCUCGGAAGAGUUUUACUCUAGCCGCGCGGCGAUUUUUGCCUGGCACAACAUCACCGCUCUGAUAAACACCCAACUAGCUGUCUUACAAAGUUGGGUGGGCAACGAUGCUCUCGAUUUCGCUGCUUCUAGACUCAAAUCCGACAAGAGCGACCUGUCGGACGACUCAUCAUUUCUGGAUCGUAUAAUGAAGGAGGACGGGCUGAAGACCCUCCAGGGUGAGCACAGCAUGCUCGAAGGGAUUGGGUCUGUCAUCCAAAAAGCCAAAAGUACAUUGAUCGAAAACUCUGAAGCCUUUGCAGCUCGCCACCUACCGCCUUAUAUUGAGGAGCUUCUAACGUUAAUCAACUUUCCAUCCCGUUUGAUUCAAGAGAUCAUCCGCAUGCGUCUGUCUUAUGCAAAGAAUAUGAGAGAUCCGGCCCAGCAGUCACCUAUUCUGGUGGACCAGAUGAUCUCGCAGUUCCAAAUCCUAAUGAAGGUGGCUGUUCAGAUUAAGCAAACUUACUUGGCUAUCUCACGGCCUGAGCCUGGCUGGGACUUACCGCCCUGUGUUGACGAGAAUUUUGAUUCCGUUGUGUUGGAUGCCAUGAAGUACUAUUUCCGACUUUUGAAUUGGAAGUUAAACGCCAAUAAAAAUACUUUCAAGGAGGCUGAGAUUCUGGAGCAAGAAUGGGGCUAUUCUUAUCAAAUCGGCCGCCAUUUAGACGGUGGCGAUAUCGAAGUUGCCGAGCAAUUCAGUGCUUUAACUGCCAAAUCUCUUCAGCGACUCAUGAUUCAUUUCGAACGUGAGCUGGUUCCAAGGUCUAAAGAGACAGUCGCAGACAUGGACAAGCGUUAUAAGAGCAUACUAGAUUCAACACGUAUCCGACAGCGCAAGUUGUACCGAUUUUCGAGAUUUCUUUGCCAAUUGUUUGAAAAUGCGACGGAAUACAAUCUCCCCGCAGACAUCGCAUACGACUUUUUCGAGGCCCUGCUGAUAUCUGAUCAUUUUCUGAUCACCUCACCCGGUUCAGUGGGCCAGAAGGGUGUCUACUUGAUUGCCCAUUAUUCCCUGUGGAAUCGUCCUGCCGAUAUCCAAGCCAUUCUCGCUACCUCCUUCCGGGAAGACAAUACGACAAUUGACUCGCCUCACAUUCCAUAUGUACUUGUCAUCCGCCCAGAGCGGCCUCUGGGAUGGGGCGGCAAAGAAAUGCACGUGGAUAUGCUGGAGCAGCCAACCGAUGUCCGCCUUGGUAAACUUCGACUUGUCGUUGAAGGAAUGCAAGAAAGACUACAAAACGCAAGGCUGGAGUUGACACAACUCACUGGCAUCCAGCUAGACAUGUCGAUCGAGCAGCGUGCCAACCUUAGCCGUGUCAACGUCGAAUUGAAUAAGAUCAAGAAGAUUUCUUUCAAGCUUUCCAUGGCCAUCAUGGAUAGUGUGGCUGUGAUCAAGAGCCAAUUGCGUGAAAAGACAUGGGAUAAUAAUGACUUGGUGCAAGCCUGCUAUGCGUUUGCAACUGAAUUUGGUAAACGUUCUUCCAAUUAUGUUGAUGCCAAUAGACGCGCUAUGAAUAGUGCUCGACUGAUCGACCUAUCUCUUGACUGGGUUUCGUUUAUCUGCGAUGAGUGUGAUGCUGCUGAUCGAAAAACUUUCAAGUGGGCAGUGGCCGCGCUUGAAUUUGCCAUGGCAAUCACCUCCAGUCAACACUUGUUAUCUUUAGAUGAGGAGCAAUUCAAUCGUCUGAGGUCGAAGGUAGCGGGUUGCAUGUCCCUCCUUAUCUCUCAUUUCGAUAUUAUGGGCGCUCGAUCAUCCCUUGCGGCCCAGGCUGAAAAGCAACGCAUGGAAGAACGCGCUGGCGCCCGAAAAAUCGGCCAAGGCCGUAUUCUGAGCGAUGAAGAAGCAUCCAGGAAUGUUCGUGAUCAGUGGCAUUCCCGAGUCACGGAAAUUGAAGACAAGAGAGUGGAGGAAGAUGCAAAACGACAAGCUCUUGGUAGAGUCCUUGAAGGUUCUGAUGAGGCUGACCGUUCCCUCACUGUUCUAUCAUCAUCUGCUACCAACGUCACUCUUCGCUGGCAGCAAGGCCAAUUCAUCGGAGGUGGUACCUUCGGCUCUGUAUACGUUGCUAUCAAUUUGGACAGCAAUUACUUGAUGGCAGUCAAGGAAAUCCGUCUGCAGGACCCUCAACUGAUUCCUAAGAUCGCUCAGCAAAUUCGCGAUGAGAUGGGUGUGCUCGAAGUGUUGGACCAUCCGAACAUCGUUUCAUACCACGGUAUCGAGGUGCAUCGUGAUAAGGUCUACAUUUUCAUGGAAUACUGCUCUGGUGGCUCACUUGCCAGUUUGCUGGAGCAUGGCCGUAUUGAAGAUGAGACUGUCAUCAUGGUCUAUGCUCUCCAACUUCUCGAGGGUCUGGCUUAUCUCCAUCAAGCGGGUAUUGUCCAUCGCGAUAUCAAACCCGAGAAUGUCUUGCUUGACCACAACGGAAUCAUCAAGUACGUCGAUUUCGGCGCUGCCAAGAUCAUCGCUGGAUCAGGUCGAACUGUAGCCCCGAUGGACGGCGGCAAGGACUCUUUACUACCCGGUAAGAAUGAUCAAAUGCAAAAUCGGGGCAAGAACCAAAAGACGACAACGGGAACUCCAAUGUACAUGUCUCCUGAGGUUAUCCGCGGCGACACACCCGACCUCGCGAACCACCAGGGCGCGGUGGAUAUCUGGUCCCUUGGCUGCGUCAUUCUCGAGAUGGCCACCGGCCGUCGACCAUGGUCCACUCUGGAUAAUGAGUGGGCGAUCAUGUACAACAUUGCGCAAGGGAACCAACCCGUCCUGCCGACUCGUGACCAGCUCAGCGAACAGGGUAUCAACUUCCUAAGCCGCUGCUUCGAGUGUGACCCCCCUCAAGCGACCCACUGCUGCCGAGCUCCUUCAAACCGAGUGGAUAGUCUCCAUUCGCCAGCAAGUGGUGGUGGAAACCCCCACACCUGGAAGUGA